UUUUCUCGGGCUUUAGUGGUUUUGAUCUUCUCCCCUGAAACCUUUCGAAUGUCUCCUAAAUGUACUUGGAAACAACACUUGGCAGUCUUUCGUUUGGGGAGGACCGGCUGACAGCGGAUGUUUGCGAAUGGCGUUUUGCGUUCUCUAGGGCGGAGCUUCCUUGAAUUGGGGGCGUACCUGGGUCGUGCUUCACGGAGUUUGAGGGUCUCCCCGGGGCUCGCGCCUCCUGCCCGACUCGCCCACCUGCGAGCCUGACCUGCAGCUUCAGACGGUCUCACCUCGGACCUCCUAGUUAAGCCCUUUGUGCUUUUGAUUGUUGUUCUGUAAAAGGAAAAUACAAGUUACACCUUCAAAUGAUGGAAUAUUUUGAGAAAAACGUGGUAUACUACAAAAGAUUUAAAACUGCCUGGUACAUGGGUUUUUCUUGAUACUACUAAAAAUUUUCCGAGAAGCGCUUGUUUCUGGACUUCGUCUGUCGGGAAAUGUAGUCCAGGACUGAAGUGCUGAGCGUCCGUGAGGUCAGGAAGCAACUGCAGCAUCCCUAAACCAUUGACCUUUCAAAGAAGGGGAGUGUUGCUUCUAGCUGGUCUGGAAGAUGUGACUGAGACUGAUCGGAGGUGGAGACACAACCCUGGCUUUUCACAGCCUCCUUUUCUUCACUGUUCCUGACUUGUCCAAAAGCACUGCAGAAAAGAAGAGGCCGCAGAGCCCCACUUCUUCUUCUUAGGACUCUGCACUCCCUGGAAAGAUAAAGAUGAACACAUUCAAGGAAGCUGUGACUUUCAAGGAUGUUGCUGUGGCCUUUACCGAGGAGGAGCUGGGACUGCUGGAUCCUGCCCAGAGGAAGCUGUACCAAGAUGUGAUGGUGGAAAACUUCAGGAACCUGGUCUCAGUGGAGCAUCAGUUCUUCAAACGAGAUAUAUCAUAUGCAGAAAGAGAAGAAAAGCUUUGGAUGAUGAAGACAGCAACCCAAAGAGAGACAAGUUUAGGAGAGAACAAUCAAAGUGAGUUAAGGACUGUUCAAGACAGAGAAUCCCAUGAAAAACUUUCCUGCUGGCAAAUCUGGCAACAAAUUGCAAAUGACUUAACCAGGUGUCAUGGUACCAUAAUAAAUAAUACUCAGGUCCACAAGCAGUGUUAUUCCCCCUGCCAGGUUGGGACAGGACUACCUGUUCAAAUUUCUGAAGAUGAGAAUUUUAAACAGAAUCAUAAAGCUGAUGGUCCUAGCCACACUGAAGACUCAGAGUUUCCAACUUUAAGAAUCCAGGAUUCUUGGAGGAAAACUUCCAUGAUUGAAUCACAGAAUUAUCAGAGUGGAUAUCAACAGAUUUCCAUGAAAAAUAAACUCUGUCAAUACAAACAGAGUAUUGACCCCAUCAGUUGGAUUUCACAUCACCAUGAUGAUCUUAAAGUAAACAGAAGUGAAAAAUCUUAUGGCCUCAAUGAAUAUGGAAAAGAGAGCCUAAAGAUUUCGACACUUUGUAAGCGCAGAAUGACUCCCCCAGAACAGAAGCCUUACAAGUGUAAUGAGUAUAAAAAAGCCUUCAGUGAUUUCUCCAGCUUUGAUCCUCAGCAGCAACACUCAGGAGAGGAGUCUCAGACAUGUACUGAAUGUGGAAAAGGUUUCCAUGACAGCUCAGUUCUUUGUGUUCAUCUGAGAGUUUGCAUGGAAGGAAAACAUAAGUGUAAUGAGUGUGGUAAGGAAUUCAGCCAGAGCUCACAUCUGCAAACCCAUCAAAAAGUUCACACAAGAGUAAAACCAUACAAAUGUGAGCAUUGUGGGAAAGCUUUUAGUCGUAGAUCAGCACUUAACGUUCAUUGUAAAGUCCACACUGGAGAGAAACCUUAUAAUUGUGAGGAGUGUGGGAGGGCCUUCAGUCAGGCCUCUCAUCUUCAAGAUCAUCAAAGACUCCACACUGGGGAAAAACCAUUCAAAUGUGAUGCUUGUGGUAAGAGUUUCAGUCGGAAUUCACAUCUUCAGUCCCAUCAAAGAGUACAUACAGGAGAGAAGCCAUACAAAUGUGAGGAAUGUGGGAAGGGCUUUAUUUGUAGCUCAAAUCUUUAUAUUCAUCAGAGGGUCCACACAGGAGAAAAACCCUAUAAGUGUGAGGUAUGUGAUAAAGGUUUUAGUCGGCCUUCAAGUCUUCAGGCCCAUCAGGGAGUCCACACCGGAGAAAAAUCAUACAUAUGUACUGUGUGUGGUAAAGGCUUUACUCUAAGUUCAAACCUUCAAGCUCAUCUGAGAGUCCACACUGGAGAGAAACCAUACAAAUGUGAGGAGUGUGGGAAGAGCUUCAGGAGGAACUCCCACUAUCAAGUUCAUCUAGUGGUCCACACAGGAGAGAAGCCCUAUAAAUGUGAGGUGUGUGGGAAGGGCUUCAGUCAGAGUUCCUAUCUUCAAAUCCAUCAGAAGGCCCACAGCAUAGAGAAACCUUAUAAGUGUGAAGAGUGUGGGCAGGGGUUCAAUCAGAGUUCACGACUUCAGAUUCACCAGUUGGUCCACACUGGUGAGAAACCAUACAAAUGUGAGGAGUGUGGAAAGGGAUUUAGUCGAAGAGCAGAUCUUAAAAUUCAUUGUAGAAUCCACACAGGAGAAAAACCAUAUAAUUGUGAGGAAUGUGGGAAGGUCUUUAGGCAGGCCUCAAAUCUUUUGGCCCAUCAGAGAGUCCAUAGUGGAGAAAAACCAUUUAAAUGUGAAGAGUGUGGGAAGAGCUUUGGUCGGAGUUCACACCUUCAAGCCCAUCAGAAGGUCCAUACUGGAGACAAGCCAUACAAAUGUGAGGAGUGUGGGAAGGGCUUCAAGUGGAGCUUGAAUCUGGACAUGCAUCAGAGGGUCCACACAGGAGAAAAACCAUAUAAGUGUGGGGAAUGUGGGAAGCACUUCAGUCAGGCCUCAAGUCUUCAGCUCCACCAGAGUGUCCACACUGGAGAGAAACCAUACAAAUGUGAUGUGUGUGGUAAAGUCUUCAGUCGGGCUUCACAGCUCCAGUCUCAUCAGAGAGUUCACACGGGGGAGAAACCUUACAAGUGUGAGAUAUGUGGUAAGAGCUUCAGCUGGAGAUCAAAUCUUACAAUUCAUCACAGAAUUCAUGUCAGAGAAAAGUCCUAUAGAUGUGACAAUUGUGGCAAGAGAUUCAGUAGCAGCACAGGUCUCAUCAUUCAUUAUAGGACUCACACUGGAGAGAAACCUUACAAAUGUGAGGAGUGUGGUAAAAGCUUUAGUCAAAGUUCCAAUUUUCAGUGCCAUCAGAGAGUUCACACUGAAGAAAAACCAUACAAAUGUGAAGAGUGUGGCAAGGGCUUUGGCUGGAGUGUUAAUCUCCGUGUCCAUCAGAGGGUCCACAGGGGUGAAAAGCCUUAUAAAUGUGAAGAGUGUGGGAAGGGAUUCACUCAGGCUGCACAUUUCCACAUCCAUCAGCGAGUCCACACUGGGGAGAAACCCUACAAAUGUGAUGUGUGUGGUAAGGGCUUCAGCCACAAUUCACCACUGAUAUGCCAUCGCAGAGUCCACACUGGGGAGAAGCCAUAUAAAUGUGAGGUGUGUGGGAAAGGUUUUACCCGAAAUACAGAUCUUCAUAUCCAUUUCAGAGUUCACACAGGAGAGAAACCUUAUAAAUGUAAGGAGUGUGGUAAGGGCUUCAGUCAGGCCUCAAAUCUUCAAGUCCAUCAGAAUGUCCACACUGGAGAGAAACGAUUCAAGUGUGAAAUAUGUGGGAAGGGCUUCAGUCAGUCCUCAAAGCUGCAAACCCAUCAGAGAGUCCACACGGGAGAGAAACCAUACAAAUGUGAAGUGUGUGGCAAGGACUUCAGUUACAGUUCAAAUCUGAAACUUCACCAGGUAAUUCACACUGGAGAAAAACCAUAUAAAUGUGAGGAGUGUGGGAAGGGCUUCAGCUGGAGGUCAAAUCUUCAUGCUCAUCAGAGAGUCCACUCAGGAGAGAAGCCCUACAAAUGUGAGGAGUGUGAUAAGAGCUUCAGUCAGGCCAUCGAUUUUCGGGUCCAUCAGAGAGUCCAUACUGGAGAGAAACCAUACAAAUGUGGUAUAUGUGGUAAGGGCUUCAGUCAGUCCUCAGGCCUCCAGUCCCAUCAGAGAGUCCAUACUGGGGAGAAGCCAUAUAAAUGCGAUGUGUGUGGAAAGGGCUUUAGAUACAGUUCACAGUUUAUAUACCAUCAGAGAGGACACACUGGAGAAAAACCUUACAGGUGUGAGGAGUGUGGGAAGGGCUUCGGUAGGAGCUUGAAUCUUCGCCAUCACCAGAGGGUCCACACAGGAGAAAAACCUCAUAAGUGUGAUGAGUGUGGUAAAGCCUUUAGUCUUCCCUCGAAUCUUCGAGUCCAUCUGAGUGUUCACACCCGGGAGAAACUCUUUAAAUGUGAGGAAUGCGGGAAGGGCUUCAGUCAGAGUGCACGCCUUCAAGCCCACCAAAGAGUCCACACUGGAGAAAAACCUUACAAAUGCGACGUUUGUGGCAAGGACUUCAGUCACCGGUCUCGUCUUACAUACCACCAGAAAGUCCACAUUGGCAAAAAACUCAAGAAAUGAAAAUUUUUUUGUUGACUUCUGCCAGAAUGUACAACUUCAAGUUUUUUGAGUCUGUUGCUGGUGAUGAAACCCUAUUAAAAUAUCGAGAGUGGAAGGGGUUUUCUUCAGACUCAGAAUCUAACACAUACUUUAAAAUGAUGACGUACAACCAGAGUAACAGGACUAGAAUUCAAAUUUUGGGAAGAAAUUGAUAUUGCAUCUUGUUGGCAAGAUCCAGUUAAUAUAAAUGACCAUCUUUCAGUGUGACUCUAUGCUCAAAGGUAUUGUAUAAAAGGAUAUUUGCCAUAUGUUAACUAGUUAUUAUUUUUGAUCAGGAAGGGUUUUGAACUAUUUUUCCUUUAACUUUCCUUUUAUACUUACAGUGGUCAUUAUUUUUACUAAAAAGCUGUAAAGCUAUGGAAAAAUAAAAUUGCUGACUAAAAAUUUCCUGUCACUAAGGAUGUACAACAUGAUUAUUUUAUGUAGUAUAAAGGGGUAUAAUUAAGUAGUAGAUUCUCAGAGAUGAAUUUUUGAUCUUCAAAUGUAAAUUUAUGUCUGCCAUGAUAUAUAAGAAAAGAUAGUCAUUGAAUCAUUGUUUUAGUAGCAAACAAAUAACCAGUUGGAUUGCCAAGGUAUUUUAUGCAUUAUCAUUGCAUGGAAUACUAUACAAACACUAAAUGAGAGAAAGUAAAUUUGUAUUUACAG